AUUGACCAAAAAAAUUUUUCAUAUUUAGUUUUUAUCUAAUUUUGUGCUACAACCAUUACCUAAUUUAUUAAAAUGCAACAAUAUUUCCAGAAUUUUGAAUAUGAAAUUAAGAUAAAUUAUAUAAAUACAUAGACUUCCCACUUAAUUUGGCAUUAUCUUGUCGAAAUUGGUCUGUCAUUUCGAAAGAUGCUUACGCCAAAACAGAAUGGUUGCUAGUACGUUAUGGAAAAUCUCACGCAUUAUUCCACGCUGUGCGAUUGGGUCCUACUUUUAUAGAUAUCCCAGUAUGCAAGACAUAAUUACGAGAAAAGUUCCAAUAUCAAGAUAUUUUAUUCAAAGGUUACUUAUGCAUUUUGGAAAAUACGAUCAAAAGUUGAUAGAGCUCAAAAUAGAGCAUAAUGUCGGUCAACUUAAUGCGGAUAGAAUUCGCGCUUUCCAACAAAAAAUCAAAUCUCCAUGGACGAGCAAUCUACCCAUAUUCGUGUUCACUUAUCUAUUAGAUGAAGGGUACAAACAAUUAGCUAAUAUGAAUGAGACCUUACCAUCAAAGGGUAAUGAUAUGGAGUUAUUCCACUUCCUCUCCGCAGGCCCUCACGUGAUAAAUUACGCUCCCGGAAUGUUGAGAAAGAAUUUGAAAGAUAUAGAAGAUUUGAUUUUAAAUAAACGGUUCGUUCCAUUUCCUCCUAGAACAAAAGCGUAUCAAUUAGAUUUAAAUAGCGAUCCAUAUCCUUCCAAAGAUGGAUUCGAAAAUAAUAGACAGCUUAACGUAAUUGCGAGAGGAAUCCUUAUUCGUCCGGACCUAGUGAACUUAUGGAAACAAAUUAGUUAUUAUGAGAUUUGGAUUUCUAAUAACGUUAAUGAUUUGGACAUGCAAGGAGAACUUCUCAUUCUAUUCCCACCCCGCACCGAUUGGUCGAAAUUGUAAUUUCACGCCUUGCCGAACUUAUAAAUCUAGGUUUCUCAUUGAAAGAUAAUGUUAUUAUAGAUGCACUCCAUAUGUUUGAGCAUCGAUUAAAUGAAAUAGGAGACAUCUUGUGGGACAUUUUCCUUGCAAUUCGAUCAGGUGAAAAUGUCUAUUCACUUGCCUUUAAAUUUUUCAGAGAAGCUUUUAAAAACCCGAAAGAAAUUUAAAGAAAGAUGACUUACUAAAUUUCCUU